CCCAACGAGGAAGAUGUCUGGCUCCCUUUAGCCCUAAACCUCGGUGUCCUAUAAGAUUGGGGGUUCCUGGACCAAGGGUGGCCUACCUUGCAAGUCCUGCUCUGACCCCUGAACUGACUCCUGAAGAUGACACAGACCCCCAUGCUGCCUGCUCACCCCAAGAAGGCUGAGGCUGCGGUUUACAUCAUCCUUGGGCGUGGGGCUGACCUCGAAGAACGAAUUCGAAGAAAACGGGAGGAGGAGCGGGCAUGUCAUGGCGCCUGGCGCCCAUUGGCCGCCUGGGGAAACUUUGGUUUUUGGGGUCAUGUUCCCAGAAGGCCUGCCCUUCCCCCUCCCCCUCCCCACCCACCUCACGAGGUGUUGGCCAAUCGCCCCAUCGGGCAUAAAGUGGCUGCCAGCCCACAGGACACCCAGCCAAACUGUGUCACCCCUGAGAGGCACGGGCCGAAUCACCAGGACCCAGCAUGCAGAGACAGCUUCCACCAAGAACACUGCUCAAUCCGCCUCCAAAACCUGAACACAUCUACCCUGAGAGCUGCCUGCACAGAAAACUCUGUGGCCUUCCCCAGUGAGGACACACUCCGGCAACUGAGCAAGCCUCACUUCCUGAGCACUGUGUAUGCCACACUGGACAGAAUCGGGCACCAACUGGGUGCUUUAAGACAGCAAUUUCUGAAGACUCAGGCUUUUCCAGACCUAGAGAGGGCCAGGCAGAACAUCCAGGGCAUAAGAAACAAUGUUUACUGCAUGGCGCAGCUGCUCCACCACUCCCUGGAGACACCUGAGCCCACACAGGCAGACUCUGGGGCCUCAAGGUCCACUACCACGACACCAGGCAUCUUUCGGGUCAAGAUAGACAGCUGCCGCUUCCUCUGGGGCUACCAUCGCUUCAUGGGCUCAGUGGGGAGGAUCUUCAGGGAGUGGGGAGAUGGCUCCAGACGCAGCCGGAGACACAGUCCGCUCCGGGCUCAGCACAAGGGAGCACGCAGAAUCAGACCCUCCAGGAGCAGCCAGAGGCUGAAGCCCAGGGCCCAAGUACCCUGGUAGCCUGAGUACACACUAACAGAGAAGCAUAGUCUGUUGAAACUGGAUGCUGCCUCUCAGAGGCUUUCAAAGCUGCUCGUGUGUUCAGGGCCAUGCAGAA